AGAGAGAGAGAGUAGUAAGCCUAUGCAAAGCCAGUUCGACAGAGUUGUGUUGCAUUUGCGCACAAUUACGCACCGAGACCAACUUCCAGCACAGGAGCGCUCAGCGUCAAGGAGCGGAACUUGGUUUUCUUACUCUCACUGGGAAACAAAGGACAAACAUCUCGUUAACAGCUCGCCCGUCAGAGCUCAGCGGAAUCAGCUGCCACCCCUCCGCACAGGAAUGGUGGAUCACUUGCCGCUUGGUGAGGAGACCUUCCUGUACUACAGCGGAUCCCCAGGGUCUGACUACAGCUGCGCCUGUCGCCACACGGGCGGCGGCCUCUCGCCGGGCGUCAUGGUGACCGACUCCUGCACCUUCCAGCACCACCCUUACCAGGGGGUGACGCUCUCCUCCCCGCCCUGCCUCUCGGAGGACGACCUCAGCGACUCCUCCAGCGCUCGCUCCUCCCUCUGCUCCAGCCCCGAGACCUCCUCGCCGGCGCCGCGCCUCCUCCUGCGGUCCGCCUACGACGGCCGGAGCAGCAGCAGGAGCAGCGGGAGCUGCAGCUCCUCGGCCGAGAGUCAGGAGAGCCUGCUGGACCUCCUGCUCUCCCAGGCCUCCAUCACCACCUCCUUGGGCGCCAGUGGCAGUAGCGGCAGCAGCAGCUCGCUGUCCUCCUCGCUUUCCCUGUCUUCCCCGGCCUCCUCUACCUCCUCGUCUCCCACCGGCCCAUUUUUGCCCAUGGGCCUGGCCUGGGAGUCGAAGAAGGAGCAGCGGCUGAGCCUCCUGCAGCAGCAGUCCAAGGAGGACUGCUUCGAGUUCCCGGUCUUCCUGGACGAGCUGCAGGACCCCGAAGCAUUCCUUUUCCAGCCCACUCUGGAGGAGAUUGAGGAGUUCUUGGAGGAGAACAUGGUGGUGGCUGUAGAGAAAGGCGAGGAGGGGAUGGAAGAGGCCAUGCUGCCUCUGAUGUCCACUGCUGAUGUGGUUGGGGCGGAGGGUUCGCGGACGUCAGCUGGAGAACCCGAGUCAGCGUCGCGGAGCUCGGAUCAAACUGUUCCCGUGGCUCAUUCUCCACUCUCCUUCUACUCAGAGACCAAACGAUCCCCGGACAGCCCGGUAACGGGGGAUGCUAGCUGCGCCACGGCUUCUUCAGACAGCCACGUGGACGGGAUCAAACUGGAAGAGCGCGGGCCAUCGCCCGCUUCAUCCGAAAGUGCCAGCUCUACCUCCGGCGUGCCUGUAAUCCUACAAAUCCAGCCCUUACAGAUCAAACAAGAGCCACACACCAGUGCCAUAUCAGACACAGCCGCCCAGCAAUCCCAGAAAGCCCAUUCCCAGCCAUCCCAGCCCGCCUCAGAUAUAAAAAUCGCCCAGCUCCUGGUCAACAUCCAGGGCCAGACCUUUGCUUUGGUGCCUCAGCUGCUGUCUCUGGCAUCUACAGGCGCGAGCAAAGGCGGAAGCGCCGCUUCCUCCAAGUUCGUUCGGAUCGCGCCGGUGCCCAUCGCGGCCAAACCCACCGGCCUUGGGGAGGGCGGCCUGAGCGGCGCGUCGGCCGCGGGGGUCCUGGCCGGAGCCCAGAGGUACCAGAAAAGCACGGUGGCAGACCUCAUAAAGAUGCACAAGUGCUCCUUCCCCGGCUGUAAUAAGAUGUACACCAAGAGCAGCCACCUCAAGGCGCACCUCCGGAGGCACACGGGGGAGAAGCCCUUCGCCUGCACGUGGCCCGGCUGCGGAUGGAGGUUCUCUCGAUCCGAUGAGCUGUCCCGACACCGGCGCUCCCACUCCGGGGUGAAACCGUACCAGUGCAUCGUCUGCGAGAAGAAGUUCGCCCGCAGCGAUCACCUGUCCAAACACCUCAAAGUCCACCGUUUUCCACGAAGCAGCAGGACAGGACGCUCUGCAAACGGACCCCUCUGACCCCGCGCAGACUGACGAUGGUUCGGGGA